AUGGCUGAUGCGCUGUGCGGGCCGUCGAAUGCCCUUCAGAACUUCCAGAAGCAUACAUCUGUUGAUCGGACCCUUCAGCAAGACCGGUUGACUUCACGUCAAUCGCCUGUCCAGGGUUUCCGGUCCCAGAACCCCCAAGAAGGAAUACUCGACCCGGAGUUCGCCGCAUUCGAAGGCAACCUCGCUGGCCCUGCAUUGCCCAACUUGCAACAUCCCGUUCAUUUUGGAGCACCAUCACAUCAUGCCGCGGUACACCACCCAGCUGCACAUGGCGCAGGCAACGCCAGUUGGGCAUCGGACUUUCAGAACUUGCAAAUCUCGGGGCCCUCACAUCCUGUAGCGCAACUACAAAGACCAAAUAUUGCACCAGCAACGGCACAUGGCGGGUGGCACACUGAAUUCAUGACUCAACAACGAGGGCCUAUGUCACAGGCCCAGCAAACCCCGCAAAUGCAUGGUGCCUAUCAACCAUCUUUUGCACCAAGCUACCAGAUGUAUGGCUCCUCCAUGAAUCAGAUGCAGCCCUCGCAGGGCAUGCAGACCGAGCAACACCACCAUACGCAGCAAUUUGACGAAUCUGCUUUUGAGGCUGCCUUUGAUCAGGCCCGGGCAGACAUGGAGUUGCAAGGAGUCGAUGUUGCUCAGCAAGAUACCCAGAAGCACUUGCAGGAGACUAACGAAGUCGACAUUUCCGAGCCAGUCACCCAAGAACAGAUUCGACUCGGAUCGGAUCUUAUUCCCCAAAGUGACAAGCAGAAUCCAGAAACACGGAGUCGAGAUGCAGAUGAACUUGCGCGGACAGCAGGGCAACUGCUCGACAGCGUGCGCAACGAACAAAACCAAAAAUUCCAACAGAGCAAUUUCCUGGCUUUAAUGCGCCGGAUUCGAGAUCGCGAGGUGGAAGUUGAAGGAGAUGAUUUCCGCGAAGUCAGUACCAACCCGUAA